CACUAGCAUGCGCCGGGAGGAGAUUGACAAAAGGAGAUUUGGGUGAUUUACCUGAGAAGUCGGGAGAGGAAGUCAUCAUGCGACACUUAAACUCUGGCGUUUUUUGUCAACAUCAAUUUCACAAGCGGCAUGCGUGGCUGAACUACACGCAUUAAAUCAACCCUUUGUGUAGGUGUUCUUCGUAUUUCUACCGACAGACUCUCACAGUCACAAACUGCAGGAGUGAAGGUAAUGCUGCUAGCAUGCACCGCUGCUAGCUAACGAUAGCUGGAAACAAAUAAAACCGUGCCUUGUCCAAGCAGCACAGGGGCCUGCUUAAUCAAAUAGUAGAGUUAAAGCGACAUCAGUAGGCAUGCAGUGAGAGGUAACCUCGUCUCCGGGGAAAGAAACAACACCAGUGUCUGCGAGAUCUUGACUCUAGUGGGGCUCAUAUCAGAUGGAGGACAAAUUCACUGCAGUGAACCUAUCAGCUGGUUUUGAAAAUUCAGCAACUAUGACUUCUGUCCGACUAUCUCUUUAAAUUUGGUAGCUAUGGCUUCUUGUAAGGUAGAUGAGCUACCAAAUGACUCUAAGGAUGGGGCCUCAGCCUGCAAACAGCUUUCCCGCUGCAGCACCGAUGACAUCACCGAAGAGCUUCAGUUGGAUACAAUGAACUCUGUGGUCAAAUCCCAGAAACCUGGAAAAUUUAGAAGGACUGCCUUGACAUUUUUCGGAGUUCGUAAAGGCAUCUGCAUCUUACCAAGUUUUUUCGGUGGAAGGAGUAAAAAUCAGAACAAGUGGUCUUCUAAGAAAGGGUUCCCCAAAAGCAAGACCCAUGAUGGGCUGAGCAAGGUUAGUUAUGAUGACAAUUCACGAGUUGGGUUCACCUCAGCUGGAGACUUUGAAUACCACAGCCAGAGGGACUCGGCUGGAGAUCUCCGCAGUAGCUGCCACAAUGAAUGUAGUUUCCCUGUUGCUGAGCAGAAAUCCCUGAGUCUCAACCGGCAGAAAAAGGGUUUAAGGGGUCUUUUUAACAGUUUCAGGCAUCAUAGAAACAAUAGAAAUGCUGGAUCGGAUAAAACUGAAAUGAUUGCGAUGACCUCUCCUCGGUGCAAGAAAGAGGUGCCUGUUGUCCUGGACAACGUCAACAAGUAUGUCACAGAGUGCCUUGGAUCUGAACCUGGUGUGCCUGAUUUAGCAGAUGUUAUAUGUGAUGUUUCUAUUGAUCCUGCUGCUGCUGCUGCGAUGGUAUCAGAGGAGUGUGUGGAACAAGAAAGUCUAAAGUAUGAACCGGAUGCUCGGAUCUGUGAUGAUCAAAUUGAGGAAAUUAAUUUAGUGGCUGCAGUUUCCAGUGAACUUGAAGAGAGUUUAAGAGUAAACAGUGAGCCUUGUUUGAAAGUUAAGAUGAUGUCUGAGCCAACACUAAAGUCUGAAACACCUACUGGCUCAUCAGAUCAGCUGAACCUGAUGUUUGGAGACGUUGCAUCGUUAAAGAGCUUUGAUUCCCUCACCGGCUGUGGGGACAUUAUUGCCGAUCAAGAAGACGACAGCAUCACAGAGAGCACUGUGUCGGGGGAGAGGAGCAGAAAUGGGGGCAAGAGGGCCUCAUGUUAUCUCACCUACCAGGGUGGCGGUGAAGAAAUGGCAUCCCCAGAAGAUGUGGGUGAGGAGUGUCUUCAUGAAUUCUGGGGGAAUGAUCAGUCGGAGGAAAUUUGCUAUACCUACAACCAAGACCACGCAGAUCUGACCUCUGACCUGACGAGUUCUCACAAUAUAGAGUUACUGAACAGUAGCAGCGCACAGCAAGCCAGUGGGAUUGACACAUCUUCAAUGGCUGAUGUGGUAACUCCUCAAGAUGAGCAUCAAGAAUCAGUUCCAAACAGCGACGAGGGAUACUAUGAUUCAACCACCCCAGGGCAUGAUGAAGGACAAGAGAAGCCAGACAGACUGAGGACAGACAGAUUACCCAGAGACAGUUACAGUGGUGACGCCCUCUAUGAGCUUUUUGCGCCUGAUGAGAGUCUCAUCAGUCCACAAUAUGAGAGCAAAUCCAAUAUGCCCAGUUCACAACAGUGUGAGUAUUCAAGUGAACCAGUUGGUGUGAAUAAUUCUGCCUUUGAUCCAGAAAUGAAGCGACUACAAAUAGAUGCUGACCUGUAUAAAGUUCACAAAUUUCUAGAUGUGCCCAGCAUUUGCAGUAAAUCCCCAGAGUUGGCACAGAAUGUAGUUUGUCGGCAGGAAAUUGGCACAAAUAAGAACUGUAAUAUGAAUUCAAACCCUCAAGCAUCAGUCGACAAGACUAAUACAGAACCGGAUACAUUUAAUGAAAACGAAAACAUGUCUGCUUCACCUGAGAAAACAACAAAAUCCAUAAAUGCAAAUUGUGAAAAAAGGCACAGCAGCACAUCAUUUGGAAGCACGUCUGACCUAGAUUUUGAAACGUUUUGUGAACCCAAAGAGCAGCAUCUUGAGGAGAACAAGCCUGUAGCUCUACCGUACAAAAAUAAAAUUUCUCAGUCUCCAUAUUGCAACAAAGAUUUGGACGAUGAGCAAACAGUGAGUUUCUCUCAAGCACUUGUGGACUACACAAAAAACUCUGAGAUGCUGAGUAACUUGCAGAACAGUGUGGAUGAUUUGGAGGCAAACUCUGCCUUCACUCCAAACAUGGAGGCCUUACCUACCAUUGUCACAUUUGAUGUAGUGGACAUGCAUAAUGAGGGGGAAUAUGACGAGCAGAUGCAAAUGGAAAUGGAGGAGGACAUAUCAUCACCCUAUCAAGAGUUUGAAGAAAGCUACUUACAAAAAGACGCGUUUGCUGAAUGUGACUAUCAGAUGUUAGAUCUCUAUGAGCAGAACCUUAUCAGUAACACAUGGGCGAUCGCUAGUCUCCCCCGGCACAUUGGCAUUACAAGAGUCAGCCAGUCCAUGCCUAAUCCGUUGUCUCUAGACAGGAGAAGUCGGUCUCUGGACACAGAAAGCCUUGAGUUGAAUAUGCCUGACACAUACAGACAGAACAGAGCUGCUAUCGUUUCUUGUCCUCAAACUGAAAAAGACGCUGAAAGAGAUUCCUCACCACAUCACAAAAAGAAUGUACUUGUGUCUGCAUCAGAAUCAAGAGACAGUAGCAGCAUUAUGGCCUUAUCAUGGCAAAUAAGGUCAGAGAUGGCUUUAAGCCUGCCUCUGGCUGAUGGGGAAGCCACUGAAAAAGUACAGAGUCUCAAUCAAACCCAAGUGAAACACAAAAUACCUUCUAGUUCAUCCAGCAGUAAAUCACAACGCCUGUGCUCUGAUGUGUCCCGUGAUGCAACUUCACAGAUCGCAGAUCUCUACAACAGGCAGUGUCACCAUCCUUUGCAAUCAGAUUUGUGUUUACCUCAUAGCACCUUUGUUUACCCUGGAAUGAUGGAGGAGGUAUCAGAUGGUGUUGAUGAGGAUUUCUUCUGUAGAUCUGCCAAUAGUUUGCAAUCUUAUAACCAGUGCGGUAAGAGCAGGCCAGUGAGUAGCCGGGAUGGAACAUCUCAUGCCGGGAGUCCUCUGAGCAAGGGCGUGUUUAAAGACGAAAUGGCCAUCCUCAGUGAAACGAGAACAGCAAAGUAAUGUGCAACACACUUCCAGAGGCUAGCUUCAAUUGAAAAGGCUCCCAAUCAUACAGAUGGCAUCAAGGUUACAUGUGUAUGUGCCAAUCAGUGCUUUUAUUUUGCAUCCAAAAGAGUUGUUGCUUCAUUUUUACUGGCAGCACUGAUCUAGUUAGGAAAAAAAAGUCUGUGAUGGACAAGACUGGAAUUUCAAAAUAUUCUAAUAUGUAGGGUCUCUGCCAUCAAGCUGCCUUCAGAACAACGUUUAUUUGAUCCUAUUGUUAAGAUGAAAGGAAUUUCCUUGUUAGCUAAGAAAUAAAUAACCUGCUUCACAUACAAACAUGUUCGUCCAUUUAAGCAAGAACAUAGUUUUAUUUGCAUUUGAAACACUGCAAGAUUCCUCUUAUUAAGCUAUUAAGUUAUAGGCGUAUGUAGCCUCAGAAUCAAGGUCACAACCUUUGUUUAAUGCAUAUUCAUGAAGCUUGUUGUUGUUUCCAAAGUGCAGUUGAGCAGAACUUGCCUUUUUCCUCUACACCCUGAACACAUGUACAUUAGGCUCAUGCUUUUAAGUGCUGGCUUAUGUUUGAGUUUACACUGCUUGUUUAUAGCCUCUCUUUGCUCCAGUAAUGUUUAUGUUUGCCUGUCAUGAUGCUCAGAUUUGCUGUUUCUUUGGUUUACUUCAUUUAGGCUAGAUUGGGUUCAAUCACAACAAGAAAGUAUCCCAUGGAGGAAGUCCCAAAUGGGGUAUAUUUAAAAUGCAUUAAGCUGUUACAUUUAACUCAAUCUUGCAACAUUGAACAGCUUAUAGUUACACUUAACCUAAACAAAGAUGGGAAUGUUAGCUCUCGGUUUAAGUUCAGCUGCCAUUUCCUAUACUCACUGAAGACAUUGUUUGUCAUUAUGUUUUACACACAGAUUCCCUGUGUAUUUAAGUGCUCUACAUAAAAAAAAAAAAGAAACGGUCUGAUUCAAAUGUCUAUGAAAUGGUAGAGGAAACAAAUAAAAGAAUAAGUUAGUAAGACCUAAUAGUAUCUGGAUCGUAUGGUUUCCUUUUGGCCUGAUUAGCAAAUUUGGCCUUAGUCUUAAGUCUCUUUUUCUAGUCCCAGUUGAAACAGCUUGACCACCUGUAAAGUGCAAAAUGGUUCUUCUGAAGUGAUGCACUCCAGUAUUGCAUUUCUGUACGCUAUAAGAAGGAAAAGUUAGUUUGAUUUAGUUUGUAAUUGAAAUAGUCUCAAAAGAUGAACUAGAAUUAUCAACCUGUAUCAUUUUCUUGUACUGAUCAAUCUGAGGGUCAACUGUCAUAUGAUGUCGUUUUUUAUUGUGUAAUACUGAAAAAAUGUCAAGGACUUUGUAUUUAUAUUCUUCACUGUUUGUACACUUCAACGUUUAAAUUUGGCAAUUACUAUUGGAGUUUUCUUUUUUUACAGUCUAAAGUUACAUCAAUGUUACAUUUAGGUAUUCCGAUUGAAAUGUUUCUGUUUUGUCAAAAUAGAACGCUGCCUUACACUAAAAUAAACAUGACAAAACGAACUAUUA